ACCAUCUCCGUGGACGGGAUCCUGACCACCACGGGCUACACCCAGGAGGACUACACCAUGCUGGGCUCUGAUGACUUCUUCUACGUGGGGGGCAGCCCCAGCACGGCCGACCUCCCUGGAUCGCCCGUCAGCAACAACUUCAUGGGCUGCCUUAAAGAGGUGGUCUACAAGAACAACGACAUCCGCCUGGAGCUUUCCCGCCUGGCCCGCAUCGUGGACCCCAAGAUGAAGAUCCAGGGCGACGUGGUCUUCAAGUGCGAGAACGGCACCCUGGACCCCAUCUCCUUCGAGACCCCCGAGGCCUACAUCAGCCUGCCCAAGUGGAACACCAAGCGCAUGGGCUCCAUCUCGUUCGACUUUCGCACCUCCGAGCCCAACGGCCUCAUCCUCUUCACCCACGGCAAGCCGCAGGAGCGCAAGGAAGCCGCGCGCAGCCAGAAGAACACCAAGGUGGACUUCUUUGCGGUGGAGCUGCUGGAUGGGAGCCUGUACCUCCUGCUAGACAUGGGGUCAGGGACCAUCAAGGUCAAGGCCACCCAGAACAAGGUGAACGACGGGACUUGGUACCACGUGGACAUCCAGAGGGACGGCCGCUCAGGCACCAUCUCAGUCAACAGCCGCCGCACUCCGUUCACCGCCAGCGGCCGAGAGAGCGAGAUCCUGGACCUGGAGGGCGACAUGUACCUGGGCGGCCUCCCCGUCGACCGCGCCGCCCUCAUCCUGCCCACCGAGCUCUGGACGGCCAUGCUCAACUACGGCUACGUGGGCUGCGUGCGCGACCUCUUCAUCGACGGGCGCAGCAAGGACAUCCGGCAGAUCGCCGAGGCCCAGAACGGGCGGGCAUCAAGCCGUCGUGCAACAAGGCGGCGGGGAAGCAGUGCGAGAAGCGGCCCCUGCAAGAACCGUGGCGCGUGCAAGGAGGGCUGGAACCGCUUCAUCUGCGACUGCACCGGCACGGGCUUCUGGUCGCGCACCUGCGAGAGAGAGGCCUCCAUCCUCUCCUACGACGGCAGCAUGUACAUGAAGGUGGUGAUGCCCACCGUCAUGCACACGGAGGCCGAGGACGUGUCCCUGCGCUUCAGGUCCCAGCGGGCCUACGGCCUCCUGGUCGCCACCACGUCCCGCGACUCGGCCGACACGCUGCGGCUGGAGCUCGACGGCGGCCGCGUCAAGCUCACGGUGAACCUAGACUGUAUCAGGAUAAACUGUAACUCCAGCAAGGGACCAGAGACCCUGUAUGCUGGGCAAAAGCUCAAUGAUAAUGAGUGGCAUACAGUACGCGUGGUCCGCCGUGGCAAAAACUACAAGCUCAUGGUUGACGAUGAUGUUGCAGAAGGCCAGAUGGCGGGCGACCACACCCGUCUAGAGUUUCACAACAUUGAGACAGGCAUCAUGACGGAGCGACGUUUCGUCUCUGUUAUCCCUUCCAGCUUCAUCGGACACCUGCAAAGCCUGAGAUUCAACGGUAUGCUCUACAUAGACCUGUGCAAGAACGGUGACAUUGACUUCUGCGAGCUCAAUGCUCGCUUUGGCAUGCGUUCCAUCAUUGCUGACCCUGUGACCUUCAAGAGCAAGAGCAGCUACCUUAGCCUGGCGACGCUGCAGGCCUACACAUCCAUGCACCUGUUCUUCCAGUUCAAGACCACCUCACCCGACGGCUUCAUCCUCUUCAACAGCGGAGACGGGAAUGACUUCAUCGCCGUCGAGCUGGUCAAAGGGUACAUCCACUAUGUGUUUGACCUGGGCAACGGCCAAAACCUCAUUAAGGGCAACAGUGACAGGCCUCUCCAUGACAACCAGUGGCACAAUGUGGUCAUCACCCGGGACAACAGCAACUUACACACGCUGAAGGUUGAUGCCAAGGCAGUCAGCCAGGUGGUGAACGGAGCCAAGAACCUUGACCUGAAAGGUGACCUGUUCAUUGCUGGGCUGGGCCCCAACAUGUAUGGCAGCCUGCCCAAGCUGGUGGCCUCCAGGGAUGGCUUCCAGGGCUGCUUGGCAUCGGUAGACCUUAACGGGCGCUUACCGGACCUCCUCAACGAUGCACUGUUCCGCAGCGGGCAGAUAGAGCGCGGAUGCGAAGGUCCUAGCACCACCUGCCAGGAGGACUCCUGUGCCAACAUGGGCAUCUGCAUCCAGCAGUGGGAGAACUACACCUGCGACUGCUCCAUGACGUCCUACACCGGCACCCAGUGCAACGACCCCGGGACAACGUACAUCUUUGGGAAAGGAGGAGGGCUGAUAACAUUUAGGUGGCCGGCCAAUGAGAGACCCAGCACCAGGACGGACCGACUGACCGUGGGGUUCAGCACUUCGCUCAAGGAUGGGAUCUUGGUCAGGAUAGACAGUGCCCCCGGCUUGGGAGACUAUGUCAUGCUACACAUCCAACAAGGGAAGAUCGGAGUUACGUUCAACAUCGGCACGGUGGAUAUCAGCGUGACGGAGAACAGCAUGCCCGUGAACGACGGGAAGUACCAUGUGGUCCGCUUCACGAGAAACGGGGGCAAUGCCACCUUACAGGUGGACAACUGGGCCAUCAACGAGCACUUCCCUACAGGAAACAGCGAUAAUGAACGCUACCAAAUGGCCAAUAAGAAAAUCCCUUUCAAGUACACCCGGCCUGUUGAAGAGUGGCUGCAGGAAAAAGGUCGACAGCUCACAAUAUUCAACACCCAGGCAACUGUUGCGAUCGGCGGCAGCGACCGCAGUCGUCCUUUCCAGGGCCAGCUGUCUGGCCUCUACUACAACGGCCUCAAGGUCCUCAACAUGGCUGCCGAGGGCAACCCUAACAUCAAGAUCAACGGUAGUGUGCGGUUGGUAGGCGACGUGCCCAAUGUGGCCGGGUCGGCCAGGACCACCGCCAUGCCCCCUGAAAUGUCCACCACCUUCAUAGAGACCACGACCACCAUGUCUACAACCACUACCAGGAAGCUUCGCUCCACAUCCACCGUUCAGCAGACAACAGAUGACACUGGGACGUCAGCCGAGUGUUCAAGCGAUGACGAGGACCUGGAGGAAUGCGACUCAGGCCAUGCAGCACUCCCCACCCAGCCGGGCGUCAGGCGAGUCCCAGGACCCUCGGAAGUGGUCCGCGAGUCUAGCAGCACCACCGGGAUGGUCGUCGGGAUAGUGGCGGCCGCCGCUCUGUGCAUCCUCAUCCUCCUGUACGCCAUGUAUAAGUACAGGAAUAGGGAUGAGGGGUCCUACCAAGUGGACGAGAGCAGGAACUACAUCACCAAUUCAGCCGUGCAGAGCAACGGUGCUGUCAUGAAGGACAAACAGCAGUGCUCGAAAGGCGGCAACAAGAAACAGAAAAACAAGGAUAAGGAGUAUUACGUGUGAGUGUGAGACGUUUUUUUUUUGCGAGAUAUAAGUGAGAGAGAGAG